UUAGUGGAGACCCGCAUCCAAGAAGCGCCCAUACUUCCGGCCAAGAGAACCGUCGGAAGCCGAGCAGAGAGAAGCCAAAGGCCUCUAUUCCCCGGGAGAGCGCGCGCACUAAACACGACAGAGCAGCUUCCGGCGCGGGCCGCGUUGCCUUGGAGACGGGGGGCGGAGCCGCCGGCGCAGGGCGCGAAAUCCGGGGCCGCGGCCCUUUCCUGCAACCUUUUCCCUGCGUUCUCUGAGGAGUCGUCACCCUCAGUUAUAAGAGGAAGAUCAGAGGCUGUGGUUCAUCAGCAAUCCAGGCACAGAAAUACAUACAACCACAACCAGUUGAAUUCCCAUCAAGUUGUUCAGCAGAGAAUGGAGAAGAAGAUGGACUCCAGGUCUUUUAGGGAUGGUGUGGCUAAGAACCCUUGCUCUCCAAAGGCCCUGCCCUUCAAAAGGUCUUCUGCCUUCUCUGGGAUCCAGAGAGAGUUACCCAGAAGCUGCAGUUCUUUAUACUCUCAUACCUCACAAAAUUUGGCUCGACACCGAUUGAGAGAACUGCGAAGCAGAUGUGUGGCCAGAAAGUUUUUGUAUUUGUGGAUUCGAAUGACUUUUGGAAGAGUAACUCCCUCCAGAGCCAGGUUUUUCCACGAGCAGAGAAUACUACAGAAGGUCUUUGGAGAGUGGAGGGAAGAGUGGUGGGUCUCCCAGAGAGAAUGGAAACUCUGUGUUCGAGCCGACUGCCACUACAGAUACUAUUUGUACAACCUGAUGUUCCAGAACUGGAAGACCUUUGUGCACCAGCGACGGGAGAUGAGGAAGGGGCUCCGCAGAGCCGAGCAUCACGAUACAAAGCAGAAGAUGCGCCAAGCCUGGAAGUCCUGGUUGAUAUACAUGGUUGCCCGUAGGACCAAACAUCACAUGCAGUCCACUGCUGUAGAAUUUAGGCGGAGGAGUGUCUUAUGUUUCUGGUGGAGCAGGUGGAGGAGGCGGCUAGCACAAGCCCACGCAGACCGCGCUCUCCACACAGUGGCUGAGAAGCACAGGGCCCGGAACCUCCAGCUGCAGGCUUGGUCACGAUGGCAAGAACAGCUCCUAAAUAGCCAUCGGGAAAGAUGGAAGGUGGUCAGCGCUGUUCGACACCAUCAGCGCUGGCAGAAGCAGAGAUCUUUGAAGGCUUGGCUUCAGUACCUCCACAUCCGCAGGGCAAAGAGAUGGCAGAAUGAGAUGGCUGUACAAUUCCACCGUGUCACUGUGCUCCAGAUACGUUUCUGUGACUGGCAAUGGGCCUGGGAGUGGAGGCAGAGCUUGUCUGCCCACCAGGCCUUGGUGGAGAAGCUGGCCAAGAAGAUGGCCCUCCGGAGGGUCUUUGCACACUGGAAGCACUACAUGCUUCUACAGGCAGAAGAGGCUGCCCAGCAUGCAGCAGCGGAACACCACCACCAGCACUACCUCCUGGUGGCUCUCAAGUCUGGGACUAAAGGCAUGGGUCACGGGGAAUCAGUCUCCUGUUCAGAGUCGAGGCGUGUCGCUGAGAGCUCGCGUUCUUGCUUUCGAGCCUUCAAAGACAAUGUGACCCAGGCCCGUCUCUGGCGAAUAAGAAGGAACCUUGCUCACCAGCUUCGUGACACCAUGCUCCUUCGCAGGUUCUGGAACCUCUGGCAGACUCGAAUUGAGCAGAAGGAGGAGAGGGUUCAGCCUCCCUCCCUGCAUGCAGCCUGGAGCCACUACAGGAUGACAGUUCUCCGCAAGUGUGUCAGGGUGUGGGUACAAUAUGUGCACAAGAGAAGACGCCAGCAGUUACUGCAGGCCAGAGCAGACGGUCAUUUCCAGGAGAGAACGCUGCCUGCUGCCUUCCGUGUGUGGUACAGCCUCUGGCGAUGGCACCAGCAGGGGCGAGUCCUUUACACAAGAGCAGUGCGUUUUCACAGGGAGACAUUGGAGAAGCAAGUAUUUGCUAUCUGGAGGCAGAAGAUGUCUCAACAUCAAGAAACCCGCUUGGCCGAGAGGAUGGCUAUCCUGCAGGCAGAGCAGCAGCUUCUGCGGAGGUCCUGGUCCUUGUGGCAGCAGCAGGCAGCAGCGCGUCACCGAGAGCGGGAGUGGCGCACCAUGGCCUGCGCCCACCGGCACAGCAGGCUGCUCAGGAAGGCUUUCUGCAUCUGGAGGGAAAGAGCCCGAGGAUUUAGGAGAGAGAGGAUGGGCAGGGCACAGGCUGCACACUUCCACUCAGCACGGCUCCUGCAUUGGGCCUGGAGCAUGUGGAGGGAGGUUUACCAGGACAGGGUGAGGAGUGUUCUACAGGAGGUGGCAGCCAGGGAGAGACGGCACAACAGGCAGUUGCUGUGGUGGGCAUUACAUCGUUGGAGGGAAAACACUAUGGCCCGUUUGGAUAUGGCCAAAAAAACCUCCCAAGCAAGAGCCCACUACAGCAGGACUCUGUGCUCCAAGGUCCUGGUGCAGUGGCAGGAGGUUACAUCAGUGCAGAUAUAUUACCGAGAAAAGGAGGCAGCUGCCCUCGGGGAGGCCCGGAAAGCUCUGAACAGGGGUCGUCUCCGUAACUGCUUUCAGCAUUGGUGGUUCUGCAGCCAGAGGGUGGCCCAGCAGAGAGUCCAGCUGCAGCGGGCAGCUCAGCAUCACCGCCAGCAGCUGCUGCUCGAAGGGAUGGCUCGGUGGAAGGCAUACCAUUUGGAGUGUGUCAGGACAAAGCUUCUGCAGAGGCAAGGUACCCAGCUCCUGGCACAGAGACUCAGUCGGGCCUGCUUCAGCCAGUGGAGGAAGCAGCUGGCAGCCAGGAAGCAAGAGCAGUGGAGUACCGCCCGGGCCCUGUGGUUCUGGGCCUUCUCACUACAGGCAAAGGUGUGGACUGCAUGGCUGGGCUUCGUACUGGAGAGGAGGAGGAAGAAGGCCCGGCUGGAGCAGGCUGUGCAGGUCUACCACCAGCAGCUGCUGCAGGAGGGGGCCACACGGCUUCUGCGCUUUGCAGCCGGUGUGAAGGCCUCCCGACAGCACCUCCAGGCCCAGCAGCAGGUCCAGGCAGCCCACAGCCUCCACUGCGCAGUCCGCCACUGUGCUGAGCUCUGGAAAAGGAAGGCGCUUGGUCCAGGCAGGGCGUCUCAGCCACCGGCACCCGUCACAUUCAGCAGGAGAGUGACAUUUAAGGAUUCCUUUCUCUCUGGAGUUGCUGCUGAGGCUGAGGAUGCCACCCUGGAGAACAAGAAGUUGCAAGCUCCUCCAUCUCAGGGCAUCCUGGGCAGCUUGGCAGUAGCUGCUGGGGAGCCCCGCCUCCUAGAGCUCAGUGAGGCCCGCUCAUCACGGAAACAGCCACGACGUCCAUCCUUCCUGCUGGAACAUUUGCACAGCCUGAAGUCCCCAGGCUGGUGCCCCAUCGGGGAGCAGCAGUUGGAGAAGCCUCUGGAAAAGGGUCAAAGCAUGGCUCCAGCAGGAGGCCCUUCCCUGAUGAGGCCCUUCCUACCUGUGGUUCUGCCGAAUGCCCCUGGUUCAAAGCUGCCCCCUCCAGCAAGUCCAGGCCUGGAUCUGUUGCCUCCUUCCUCCUUCAUGCCCCGUGGGGUGGGAGACACCACCCUGGUAUCAGCAAAGCCCGCCAUCCCUGGGCCCCGACCUGCGGCAUGCCCAGCCCUAACCAGGGGCCCUAAGCCCCAUCUUUUCCUCCCUGGGGAUUUCACAAGCACCAGGAUUGGGCCUGGCUGUGGCUCCGAGGCUACAGGCCACACAGAGCUUGAGGCUGAGCUGGAGGAGAUCCAGCGGCAGUUACAGCGCUACCAGGGCACCAAACAGAACCUUCGGUCAUGCCAGCGACAAGCCAACAGUUUGCGUAGGUGGCUGGAGCUAAGCCAGGAGGAGCCCAGGCCUGAGGACCAGGAUGUAGAACAGCAGGUGAAAAAAGAGCUAGAGGAGGUAAGACCCCGGUCAGCCCAGGUUAGUCUCUGUCAGCCCAGGUUAGCCCCCCCGGGCUGUGCGACCUUUCAGCUUGCCUUGUCCCACCCCUGCCCCCAGGUGGAACAGCAGAUCCAGCAGUUGGCAGAGGAGCUCCAGGCCCAGCGUCAGCCCAUCCGUACGUGUAUUGCUCGUGUUCAGGCCCUGAGACAGGCUCUGUGCUAGUGGGCUUGCCCCUCGGGGCAGCUGCUGGCCUUCCCCAGGCCAUAGACACCCGCCCCUCCUUCAAUAACAGAAUACAAAGCCACAAUGGUUUUGGGUUUUUAUUUCAAAAUGUCUGGCAAUUAAGUGAAUUACUGUUCAGAAGUCUCCUACUUUUCAUACAAAAUACUGUAUUACUGAUACAGUUAAAAAAGUUCAAUGAUUUCUCCUACAGGAGAAAUUCAUGGCAUCUCCAAGAUCAACAUGAAAUCUGGCCUUGUUCUUCCCCCUGGGUCCCCAUGGUCUGCAUAUCUGGCAGCCACCUGGACCGGGAUUUCUGGGCACUGGCCACCAUACUCUCUGCCUCCAACAGAGCCCUAGACCAACAGCAGCAUGUCUCCUACUUCCCACAGGGCUGGGCCUCCACCUCCCCUUUACUCUGGACACUACCAGGCAAGUCAGUAAUUGGUUUUGCCUACUGGCAAAGGGACUCAGCCAGCUUUAGAAGGUCAGACCUUGGGGCCUACAAAGGUCUACAUCAUUAAUCAAUGCCCUCAGAAGACAAUGGCGGAGUCUAGGUCAGCGCAUUCAGCAACACAUAAAUGAUUUUACUUUUCUAGCAAGCAGAGGGGUGGAUUUGGGAACAGAAAGCAGUUGUGAAGGCCAUGUGGCCUGCUCUAAGAAGAGGGUAGAUCCCCAGUCUGUGUCAAGGAUGCACCUCACCCUGUGCUCAGUGAGGGAGGCAGAGAAGCUAAGGCUGAAAGGGCAGAGGGCUGACAGAAGAAGCUAAGGCCCGAGACAGAUAUGGGGUGCAGCUUGAGGGUGUGGUAGCACAUAACCGUUCUCACAGUCCUUAGGAGAUGAAGCAUCUCCAACUUACACAAAGUUUUAAAAAACCUCUCUAAGUGAUUCUGAGGUCAAAUCAUACCCACGUUCUGUAAUGGGGGUCUAGGUCCUGACAGAUUCAGAACCUCUCCUCUGCACCUCUGGGCAGGCAAGAACCAACACUCAGGUCCUACCAGGUCAGCCCCACAGUGCCUCUCGCCCGGACAGCCUGGGGAGCCUCUGAAGACCUCAUGCUCCUGUGUGGAAAGAUCCCUUGGCAGCUGCAACCAGGAGACUAGAGGGAGCCCAGCGCUUCCCCAAAGCGGAUCUUCUGCCCUGCCUUCAGCCUGAAGUUGAAGUCCUUGGGUGCCUCAAAGAUAAGCACGAUAGUAGAGCCCAAGUUAAACUCGCCCAGGUGCUCGCCUUUGCGCAUGGGCACACCCUCCUUGUUGGCAUGUGUUACAAAGCUCAAGUCAUUGUAGGAACCCUUGCUGUAUCUGGGGCUGUUCGUGUGCAGGUCCUGGGGACAAGAAGGAAAGGGUUAAUUAGCCUUGUUGUUUAUCCCCAACUCCACCCAGCUCAGGAAAGGUAACAAGGACAGCAUCUCAGGGCAAAAGGCUGUCACCAAUCGACUGUCCCAACAUCUGCUGAGACCUAGACAAGGCAGGGGGGUGGGGUGGGUGGACAGACCCAACUCUUGUCCAAGCAUGAAUGGUGCAAGGCUAGCAGCAGCAGUCAUAACACCUAGAAAGGCAGCGUGGCAGGGUGCCAGGUUUUCCCAUCUAAGCCAGUUCUGCCCGUCUGCAUGUUCCACCUUUGCCUUUGAGCCUGGCUCCUGGCAGAGGCAGAGUAUUGCAGUGAGGUUGGGUCUCUCGCCUCUCCAGCCAUCUCCAGGCAGGGGAAUGGCAACAGAGAGAGGGAGGCUAAGAGGCUGAGCUGGCACAGGAGCUUAAACAGAGCUGCUGCUCAGCAGAGCCAGGCCUGGCCAGAGCUGGAACACCCUCCCCACAACAAAAUUUAUAAGCCCUAAAGAUCUGGCUGCACAGGUUGGCCUGUGGGCUCUGCUCACUCUGUCAAAGUAGAUGCGAAUCGAGCCCACGUUGGUGGCUCCCACUGCUGUCAACGAGAAGAACCCAUGUUUCCAGUCCCCAGUCAGGACCACACGUUCAUUGUGACAGAAGAGCUCUUUGAUCCAUCGGGCCAUGCCAGGGUUCACUGACAUCAAGGAACCUAAGAAGAUAGGAAAACAAGCUACUUCCUGCUCAGAGCCUGGUGUGUUCAUGCCAGAGUGGCCUAAAAGCCACAGGGAUUCAGGCUAAGUGUUGUUCCAAAUUCCAAGCAGGACCCAGACACCCUUGCCUAUAGCCAGCCAGCCUCAAGUGGUCAUCUCUUGGCCUUGACAACACCAGCCUAGAGCCCAGUCCUCUCAAGUCGAGAGGUAGCUCUCACCCUCAGCCAGCCCUGGGCCUACCUGGGAAGUGGCGCCGAUGUGAGACGGUCCAGUCAGUCGGGGAAUGGAAGCAGUGGUAGUCUCCAGGGGCCAGGUAGAUGACACAGUGGUAGAGCUCAUUCCCUUCGCGGGUGACCAGCUGGUUCCUGAAGGAGUCAUGGGAGGAGGCUGUGCGGCGGGGCAGAGAGGAAGCCUGGCUCUUUGACGAGCUCCGGGUAUCGUUCAUCCCAGCGUGCCCCUGGCCCAUGGCCUGCACGUAGCCUAGCUGGAGGCUCCAGUGUCUGCACAUUGCCUGCUGCCCCAAAGCCACCCAGCCUUUGUGUUCCCUUGGCCCCUUAAGCCCUUUGUUAGCCUCUGAUGUCCACCCCAGCUCCAACCCCAACUAAGCAGUGACCCACCUGGAGGGAAGGGCAGGUCCUCUGUACAGGCUCGAGGGCCCAGGAAUGACUCCAGGGAGUAGGUUACGCCCUUGACCUGCUCCACCUCACAGUUCUUCACCUGCCCAAAGGUGAGGAUCUUGCCAUCUGAUGGGCUGAUCUGGAGGGGACAGAGAGGCUUGAUACUAAGGGGAAGGAGUCACCUUGAGUGGCUCCCUGAGCUCCCGCCAGCCAAGCAUGUAGGGAUCCCCAGUUUAGGACAGGCUGACACUGGGGGACUUCAGCACAUGAGGGAACAUCCCAGAGGGCCUCAGCCAAUGCGGGGCUGCUGAGCCUGGCUUAAAAGCAGACAAGGAGUUCAUUUCCUAGUGAGAGACAAGAGCCAGCCAGGCCUUACCACACUGUGCAAGCCACAGACAGGCCGGGCCUGAGGCUUCAGCUUACGCCGGAAGAACUCGCUGAGGUUCCGGUAGUGGUGCAGGUCCUCCACAGCAGCCUCUGUCAUGUUUACCCCAAAGGUCCAGAUAUACAGGCUGUAGACCGGCCUCCGCAGCCAGUAAGGAAGUUCCACCUGGUUCAGGCGACCCCAGGCACGCGACAGCAGACGUGUUGGCACCGACUUGUACAAGGCCACCUGCAGGCCACAGUGCAGCAGGGCGAGUUGGUCACAAACUGAGAGAGCUGUCACACACUCGCACACCCGUGUGUGUGUGUGUGUGUGUGUGUGUGUGUGUGUGUGUGUGUGUGU